AUGAACUGGGGGGUGUUCGAAGGGCUCCUCAGCGGGGUCAACAAAUACUCCACAGCCUUCGGCCGCAUCUGGCUGUCCCUCGUCUUCAUCUUCCGCCUGCUGGUCUACGUGGUGGCGGCUGAGCGGGUCUGGAGUGAUGACCACAAGGACUUUGACUGCAACACACGGCAGCCGGGCUGCAGGAAUGUCUGCUUCGAUUACUUCUUCCCUGUCUCCCACAUCCGCCUGUGGGCUCUGCAGCUCAUCCUGGUGACCUGUCCAUCCCUCCUCGUCAUCAUGCAUGUGGCCUACCGGGAGGCCAAGGAGCAAAGGCACCGCGCUGCCGGUGGGGACAACUGCCGCUGCAUCUACCCCAACCCCGGCAAGAAGCGAGGGGGGCUCUGGUGGACCUACCUGCUCAGCCUCUUCUUCAAGGCUGGUGUGGACGUGGUCUUCCUUUACAUCUUCUACCGCUUCUACAGGAACUACACCCUGCCUCGGGUGGUGAAAUGCGAGCUGCCUCCCUGCCCCAACAUGGUGGACUGCUUCAUCUCCCGGCCCACCGAGAAGAAUAUCUUCACCCUCUUCAUGGUGGUCACUGCCUGCAUCUGCGUCGUGCUAAGCCUCAUCGAGGCUGCCUACCUGAUCUGCAAGCGGUGCCGCGAGCGAGCAAGGAGAACAGCUUAA